GCCUUUUCGCCCUCCGACCUCGAGCCAUAACCUCGUCCGAAUCGCCGUCCCCCAUCGUGAUUGCGGCCCCCCCCUUGCGGCAACAGUAUAGCUCGCGAAUUAUGCUGGCAAGGUCCUGCUUGCGCUCGACGCGCGCCCUCAAUGGGCUGCGAAAUGGCGCGACCACCAUCUCCAAGCGCGCCGCUUCGACCAGCUCGGGCGCUGCCGGUGAGGCCGCCCCUGCGCGAUUGAACUUCGCUGCCAUCGCCUCGACCACCGUCGCCGCCGGCUCCCUGGCUUGGUACUAUCAUCUUUACGGACCCGUCGCUCACGCUGCUACGCCUGCCGAGGAGGGCCUGCACGCCACGCACUACCCUUGGGUUCAUCAGCAAUGGUUCAAGACCUUUGACCACCAGGCUCUCCGCCGAGGUUUCCAGGUCUACCGCGAAGUCUGCGCCAGCUGCCACUCCCUGGACCGAAUCCCCUAUCGGUCAUUGGUCGGCACCGUCCUGACCGUCGAUGAGGCCAAGGCCAUGGCCGAGGAGAACGAGUACCCCGGUGAGCCGGAUGAGCAGGGCGAGAUCCAGAUGCGCCCCGGCAAGCUCGCCGACUAUAUCCCUGCGCCCUACAAGAACGAGGAGGCUGCCCGGUUCGCCAACAACGGCGCCCUGCCCCCGGACCUGAGCUUGAUCGUCAAGGGCCGCCACGGUGGCUGCGACUACAUCUUCAGCCUGCUGACCGGCUACCCCGAGGAGCCCCCUGCCGGCGCCCAGGUCGCCCCCGGCAUGAACUUCAACCCUUACUUCCCCGGCACCGGCAUUGGCAUGGCCCGUGUCCUGUACGAUGGCCUCGUCGAGUACGAGGACGGCACCCCCGCCUCGACAUCGCAGAUGGCCAAGGACGUCGUCGAGUUCCUCAACUGGGCUGCGGAGCCCGAGAUGGACGAUCGCAAGAAGAUGGGCAUGAAGGUUCUGGUUGUCUCCUCGGUCCUCUGGGCCAUCAGCGUCUACGUCAAGCGACACAAGUGGGCGUGGCUGAAGUCGAGGAAGCUGGCCUAUGACCCCCCGGCGGAGACCAAGGUGCGCCGCUAAGCACAGGGGGCCGGCCGCAACGUCUUGUCAUGUAUACUAGUCUCCCCCCCUAGAAACAGUUCCUUUGUUGGCGGAGGCAGGUAGAACGAAGGAGGGUCCGUGGUUUACCAAAAGAUGCGAGUGGCGGAUGGUAGAGUGUAAAUCAGACGAACAUUUUUCAAUACCUGCGUUGGAAGCAGCUUCGAAUUUG